CACAUUUCUCUGUGAGUUAGUCACACAGUAUACCUUCAGUCUGCGCAGCGAGCCAAACACACCUUUUCCUGGAAGACAGACAGACUCAGGUCAUAGGCAUUUAUGUAGAGAGCCGUCCAGGAUGAGGUGCAGAUAUCUUCUCCGUUGUGGACUUCUUCUGCUAAUUGUACUCCUUACGUGGUAUGCUGUGUCCAACAGCUUACUUAUAAAACCUGAAGUCAUAUCACAAGAUAAAGUCAUAUCACAAGAUAAAGUCAUAUCACAAGCACCAUCCCACGACCCUAAGUGUGCACUACCAAAGUCAUGCGACAUCAACCAGUUCGCGUUUUACCUCCAGACAGGAGCCGCCAACGUCCUUGGGCCCAAAAUCUGUUUUGAAGGAGAGGUGAUCAUGAGUGGUGUUCACAACAAUAUUGGACAUGGACUGAACAUUGCAGUUAUAGAUGCUGAAAGUGGGAAGAUUGAGAAGACUGAUUAUUUCAACAUGUACUCUGGAAAACCAGAGGAUUUGAUGCAGUUUCUUUUAGCAAUAAAACCUGGGAAGAUUGUCCUGGUUGCCUCCUUUGAUGACUCAGCAACAAAAUUGACAGACGAUAUUCGGGAAGUUUUUGCCAAGAUGGGCAGCACGCUCAUCAAAUCCCUGUCUUUCAGGGAUACUUGGGUUUUUGCAGGAGCCACUGGAAUAGAGCACACAAGCUCAUUUGAGAAGAUGGUGAAAAAUAACAAAGCAACUAACACUUAUGAUGGCUGGCCUGAAAUAGCAGACUUGGCAGGGUGUUUUCCAAGAAAACUUUAUUAGUUGUUUGAGCUUUCGGCACAAAAUCCUGCCUUCAUCACUGGCAUUUUUGCCAUAUUACUGAUAUGACUUUUGGACAGCACUGGAAAUUGUUGUGCAAUCUCAGGUUCAUGAAAAUGAACAUUAAAAUGUUUUCAUAUUGUUCAAUGAUGCAAUGUUUGUUUUUUUUUUUAAUAUAAUGUCAUGUUUACAUUAAGUAUUCCGUUUUUUGUUAUGUAAAGGAGUGCAGAAGUAUAAUUCUGUCCUGUUUCAUAUGUGCCUCAUCUUUCUUUGUUAGUUAUUAUGAGAUUUGUUAUUUGAUGUUAUUUUCUGAAUAAUUGAUAUUAUAUAAUUAUUCCCUCAUAAUGAGUAUCCAGGGGUAUAGCUAGUUAUUCCCCCCCCCCCCCCCCCCCGCCCUAUCUAUGCCCAUACUAUGCCCCUGAUGCCAGAGUAACCACGCCCCUACUGCACUCCAGCUGCCAGUGUAUCCAUGCCCUUACUGUGUCUCGGCUGACAGCAUAUCCAUGCCCCUACUUAUUCCCUGCUACGAGCAUAUCCAAGCCCCUGCUGCGCCUCUGCUGCCAGAGUAACCACGCCCCUACUGCACUCCUGCUGCCAGUGUAUCCAUGUCCCAUGUUGUCCUUGCUGCCAGCAUAUCCAUACCCCUGUUGCCAUUGUAUCUAUGCACCUGCUGCUUCCCUGCUACCAGCAUAUCUGUGUCCCUACUGAGCCCCUGCUGCUGGUGUAUCCGUGUACCUACUGUGCCUCUGUUGUCACUGUAUCUAUGCCCCAGCUGCACCCUGCUGUCAUUGUAUCCAUGUCCCCACUGAGCCCCUGCUGCUGGUGUAUCCUUGUACCUACUGUACUGUGCCCCUGCUGCCAGUGUAUCCAUGUCCCAUGUUGUCCUUGCUGCCAGCAUAUCCAUACCCCUGUUGCCAUUGUAUCUAUGCACCUGCUGCUUCCCUGCUACCAGCAUAUCUGUGUCCCUACUGAGCCCCUGCUGCUGGUGUAUCCAUGUCCCCACUGAGCCCCUGCUGCUGGUGUAUCCGUGUACCUACUGUACUGUGCCCCUGCUGUCAGUGUAUCUAUGCCACUUCUGCACCCUGCUGUCAGUGUAUCUAUGCCUCUUCUGCACCCUGCUGUCAGUGUAUCUAUGCCUUUUCUGCACCCUGCUGUCAGUGUAUCCGUGUCCCUACUGUCCCUUGACAGCUAUAUGUGACAUACAUGCGAAAGGAUAUUCUGUCUUCUAAAUGUACAUUAAAACUGCAGUCACAGACUGCAUUUGUUUAGUAAUCUAU